AAUCAUAUGUUUUGUAUUUUGAGGAUUUCAGAAACUAUUGUUGAAUGCAGUGUAGAGUGUUUUUGAAGACGGCAAAUCUUGUUAAUUCUUCUUUAUCACUUUUGCAAUUGUGUUGUAAAUUAAUCUCUAGUGAAUCACUCAUUUAUUCUGUUUAGUAAAUAUUUUAGUAAAGCAAAAAUUUCAGUGAUCAACUUCAUAAAUCAAAGUUUUAAGUUGGUUUUAUCUUGCAUAGAACUUCAUGUUUUACAAAAGGUUUUCCAGCGUGUUCGAAUAGAAAGUUUUUACUUUAAUAUUUGGCGUUCAAGGCUAACGUUUACAUUACUUGUUGCGGACGUUUGUUAAUUACUCCGAUUAUUGCGAUUUUCUCUGCAAUUGCGAUUUACCUGCAUGAAAAUUCCAUUUUUAUGGAGUUCCUGUAUGUAUACUUCUGAUAAUUGUUACUCGAUAACAAAGGAGCAAUGAACUAGUGUACUGUUUAUACUUAUGGUGCAAUCGUGUGUUUUGCUUUAUUUAUUAUUUUGAAGUGAUGACAGACGUUUAAUUAUUUUAUGGAGUUCCCUACCAACGAUCUUCCACACGGUUUUGGCCAUUCAGGAGGAUAUUCCAAUUCAUCUGCAAUUAUGGAAUCUCUGGAUGGUUUCAUGAUCAAUCGUGAAGGAUUGGAUACCGACUCAAAUAAUUACUCUCAGCCAAAACUCAAAAGUAAAACCCCAAAGUAUUUUAGGCCGGAUGUAACACUGACAAAUGUUCUUCAAGAAGACAAGUUUACUUCUUUGAAAUUGGGCGCAUCGACUGAAAAUGGAAAUCUAACUCGUAGUUUUCUACUUUUGGAUGGAAAUGAGCAGAUGAAGGUCUCGUCGGGCUCCGAAUUUGUGACCAAGCUCGGCUGUGACCCGGGGUCGCGCGUCAAGGUGGUCUCGAUAUUCGGCAACACGGGAGACGGCAAGUCGUUCACGCUGAAUCAGACCUUCUUCCGGGGCGAGGAGGUGUUCAGGACAAGCUGUGAACAGACCUCGUGCACGCUGGGUGUGUGGGCCGCCUAUGACCCCAGGAUGAAGGUCAUCUGUCUCGACACCGAGGGACUGCUGGGGUCCACUUCCCAGGAGAAUCAGCGGACCAGGUUGUUGUUGAAGGUCCUAGCAGUGUCAGACAUAGUGGUGUAUCGUACCCGCGCUGAACGUCUACACAACGACAUAUUCAAAUUUUUGGGCUGGGCGUCUAGAGCUUACACUCAGCACUUCCAGGGGGCGCUGGCCGCUGUGGGUGGUGGAGCAGGGGGUGGGCUUGAGGGGGGCAGGCCCCUUUCGGCCCUCGGUCCAGCUGUCAUACUGUUUCACGAAACACAUAAUACUAGGACACUGCAUUCGUCGGCGAACGAGAGUCCCGAAGACAUAGUGCGCAGUCGGUUUGCGCAGUUGCAGCUGGAAAUGGAUGCAUUCAGCUCGGUGCGUUACGUGGGUGUGCGUACGGAAGUGCCGCCCACUAGCUUCCACGAGUUCCAUGCGGCGGUCAACGGCCAGUUGGAUAACACCACUGUGCGGUCGGCCAGGGAGCCCACUUUCGUCUAUGCCACGCUCAAGGCAUUGAACGACAAAUUUAGUGGGGCCAUAAGCACGCAGACGGAGGCACUGUGCCUUGACCAGUACUUCACGUGUGGCAGUGUGUGUCUGUCGUGUGAGGGCCGUUGUCAGCGUAGCAUGGGUCAUACGGCAGACGGCACGCCGCAUUCCAGUUCGAAAAAGUGCCGAUACCAGCACCAGUACGACAACUGUGUGUAUGUGUGCAAGGCGUGCUACCAGAAUGGCAAGGAGGAGAUCGUCACUGCUCGCUACACCUCGGCGAGCGACUCGUCCUGGUUCGGCCUGGCAAAGUAUGCAUGGUCCGGAUCUGUGAUCGAAUGCCCGAAUUGUGGUGAAAUAUACAGAAGCCGCCAAUUUUGGUAUGGUAACAAUCAACCCGAAGCAGGGGCUGUGCGUACUGAAAUACAACACGUUUGGCCGGGGGUGAGUAUGCCCAACCAGAGCACGCACAACUCGGCGCAACGGGUGCUGGACAGUGUCAACUACUUGGCCGACGCAGUGGCCAGUCUCGGCUCGCCUCCCACCCGCGCCAUCUCGGCCAUGUGUGCCGACUACAUUGCGCCCAAGUACUGGAAGCCCAACCACGAAAUCAAGGUGUGCGUGGUGUGUAGGAAGUACUUUGGCACUUCAGAGCGCAUCCACCACUGUCGGCAGUGCGGCGACGGCGUAUGCGGCGUCUGCAGCACGCGUGCGCGUGCCGUGCCCGAACGAGGCUGGCCCGAACCGGUGAGAGUGUGCGACAUCUGCUACGAGUCUCGGCCUCCGUCACAACUCACUUCCACUGCCGCUGCCAGUGAUGCCAACAGUGAUUGCUUGAAUGGGAAUGAGUCGUCAGUGUCGAGUGAGCUGAGUUUGGACGAUGCUAAUGACACGAUUCCCCGCAAGUGUGGAGAAGUGGUCGUCAAUACUAUCAGCUCUGUUGUCUCUGUGCUCGAACAUCCAAAAUCGUGGAUCAAAGAGUCGGCGCGACCGGCGUACUGGGUGCGUGACUGCGACGUGAAGGCGUGCUGUGUGUGCCAGGAGUCGCUGGCGGCCGGCGUUCUGGCAGUCGGUGGUCGGCCGGCGUUCCACCACUGCCGCGACUGCGGUCAGGGCGUCUGCGACAAGUGCAGCCAGCAGCGGCGACCGGUGCCGCACCGCAACUGGGACCAGCCGGUCCGCGUCUGCGACAACUGCUUUGCGGACAGGCGGGCGUAGACCGGAAGUGAACCGGAAGUAGACCGGAAGUAGACCGGAAGUAAAGCGGAAGUGAUACAGAACAUGGAGCAGCAUGUAGAGACAGACUACAGAGAUGCAUAUUGUAAGUGAAAGUAGAGUCCCCUGUACACAGAGUGCCGGUUGCACAAAAGCCGGUUAAAUUUUAACCGUAAUUAAUUCCAUGAGAACCAACCAGAGAAGGCUUUAUUGAAAAGACGGUUUCUCUGAUUGGUUAUCGUGAAAUUAAUCAUGGUUAAAAUUUAACUGGCUUUUGUGCAACCGGACCAGAGACAACAUUGGUGUCCACUAGACCUGGCUAUAGUGCCGGCUACUAAAAUUCGCGUUUUUGAAGGGAAUUUCCCUACUAAAUGUCCCUUUAGGGCCGGUUUCCAAGAUCAGGAUUUGGCCAAGUUCUAGACUUUAAACAGCUGGAGUCAGAAAAUUGGAUUUCCGAAACGGGGUGUAGUCAUAGUCACGUUUGAACAAUUUCGAAAAACUAGA